AUGUCCUUCCAACCCUCCAACCCAUCAUCCGACAGCCGUCUCUCCACCCGGAUAUCAAUCCGCUGGAUCCCCGAACCCGCCUCCGAAACCACCGACACCGUCGUGAUGUCCGUCAAAGGCUGGUACGUUGAUCUCCGCGUGGAUAAAAGCUCAGGUGAUAUCGAUUGGGCCAUCGCGGGGCAACGAAUUGUGGAUAGUCAAGAUUCUAAUCGCGUCCAAUUUACACAUGAGAUCGACUCGCAUAAUUCGUUUAACGUGGCUGACUGCGGAACGUUCACCGCCCUGCCGAACGGCGAUGAUCUUGAAAUCGGAUCGAUGCCGAGGCCCGAUAAGCCCGGUUCGCCGGUGACCGACUACGAGGAGGUGUGGAGGGAAUUGACGUUCAGAGAAGGCCCCGAGGGUCCAGAGAAGGGUGUCUCGUGGGUCCUUGAGUCGAAGCAUGAUAUCGAAGAUGGCGAGGAGAAGGAGGUGUCUAGGACAUUUCUGGCGAGGGUUUGGGGUACCUUCGUUGUUAUUCGCCAGACGCAGAUUAUCGGACGAUCGCAUGGUUCCAACGACAUUUCCGUGAAGGAAGGGAAGGGUGUCAGUGCUCGACGAGAAGAAUGGGACCCGAACGCGGGAUGGGCCGCGAAAUACGUGCUCCCCGGUAAAGGGGAAGAACUCCCUACCAUGAACAGUCUGGAAGGGGAGGGCACGGGCGCGUGGCGCAUUCCAGGGGAGACGGUGGUAGUCUGCGGCGAAGAGUAUACGGUUCGAUCAUUUGAAGAAAUUGUGUAA